UUGAGUAUAAAAACCCAAGAAACCAUCCCACUUCCUCCACCACUCCAUCCACCACCUCCUCCGCCGCCGUGGCCAAUGGCGAUCACAAAGCAAUCCUCCGGCGACCUCAAAUCACGCGUCAACACCUGCAUCGACAAGCUCUCUGACCGAGACACCCUCGCCAUGGCCUCCAACGAGCUCGAAUCCAUCGCCCGCACCCUCCCAAACGACGCCUUCGCCCCCUUCCUAAACUGCCUCUCCGCCACCGACUCCUCCGAGAAGUCCCCCGUCCGCCGCCAGUGCGUCCGCCUCAUCAGCGUCCUCUCCGCCGCCCACGGCGACGCCCUCUCCCCUCACGUCUCCAAGAUGAUCUCCGCCGUCCUCCGCCGCCUCCGCGACCCCGACUCCGCCGUCCGCGCCGCCUGCGUCGACGCCGUAUCUUCCAUCUCCGCGCACGUCACCUCGCCUCCGCUGUUCGCCGCGAUCCUGAAGCCUCUGGCUGAAGCUCUCUUCCACGAGCAGGACUCCAAGGCGCAGAUCGGGGCCGCGCUCUGCCUCGCCGCGGCGGUGGAGGCGGCGACGGAUCCCGACGCGGCGGAGAUGAGGAGGCUGCUGCCUAGGGUUUUGAAAUUAGCCAGGAGCGAUGGUUGCAAGGCGAAGCCGGCUCUGCUCGCAUUGGUAGGUUGCAUCGUUAGCACCGAUUGCGUUAAGAGUAAGAGUUUGUUCAAUUCUACCGUUUCCACGGCGGUUGAUUUCCUGAGCAGCGACGAUUGGGCUGCGAGAAAGGAAGCAGCGGAGGUUUUGGAGAAGGCGGCGAUGACUGACUGCAAUUUGUCGGUGCAAUUUAAGGCUUCUUGCUUAGCUGCUUUAGAGAACAGGAGAUUCGACAAAGUAAAGCUUGUUAGGGAAAAGAUGAACAGAGCAUUGGUGAUAUGGAAAGAUCUUCCCGAGCAAUCCGAAGCCCUCUCCUCGCCAAAUGUUCAAUCAGAUACUAGCAGUGCUGGUUAUUACUCCCCUAGCUCAGAAACUCCUCAACUGAGAAAAAUGCAUCCACCGAGGUCACCUGCGUCUAGUUGCUCGUCGUCAACCAGCAGCAGCAGGAGGAGCACUCUGGGAAACGAGGACGCCAAACCCCGCCUUCCCACUGCCAGUAACAAGUUCAAUGUAAAGAAGGACACCCGUGCUCGGGUGGUUCCCUGUGACAGUUCAGACAAUAUCAAAGAUGACUUUGAGAGCGAGAACGAGAACGAGUUUGAGGACAUGUCUCUGAUCCGAAGGCAGCUGCAGCAGAUAGAAAGCCAGCAAUCGAAUUUGUUCAGCCUCCUUCAGAGGUAUAUUGGGAGCUCUCAGAAGGGCAUGAGCUCGUUGGAGAAGCGAGUGGAUGGGUUGGAGAAGGUGCUGGGCGUCAUGUCAGAGGAUUUUGCUCUCCCAACACGAAGGAUCUCAACGACAAGUGAGGAGUUGGGGAACGCUUGCUGUAUGAUCCCAGGAAGGGAGUUUCUUAGUCCCAAGUUUUGGAGGAGAGGAGAGUCUGUUAAUUUGAAGUUGGAAUCAUCUUUCAGCAGCAGUCAUGGAAAUGGGAUUAUGCACAAGGAUGCUAAGAUUAUUACGAGGCUUGAUAGUCCAAGAAAGUAAAGUGAUAGAUAUUCUUUUGUUUUAGGUCGAGCUAGAAGCUGUAUAUAUACAGAUUUUUCUGUAGCAAAAAGAGAUGAGGCCAAGGAAAAGGUUUUAUCUUCA